AUGCAGAAACGGAUCGUCCAGCGUUACGGAGCCACCGAAUUUGGCGCCAUCUUCAAAGUGCGCCUAGAUGAUAAAAAAGUCCCCGACGGCUCGGUUGGUGAGGUCGCAAGCGGCAUCGAUGUGAAGCUCUCAUACGGAGACGAAGGAGAAGUACUCGUCAAGAGUCCACACAUGUUCUCCAAAUACCUGCAAGAUCCUGAGGCCACUGCUCGCGCUCACAACGAGGACGGGUACUUUCGAACUGGCGACAUUGCGCGAAAAGAAGGGCGAUAUUACUAUAUCGUUGGAAGAGCAUCGCUUGACAUAAUCAAAUCCGGAGGAUACAAGAUCUCUGCGUUGGAUAUAGAACGCGAGCUGCUCGGCCUGCCUUAUGUUUCGGAGGCAAUGGUAGUAGGAGUCGCUGAUGAAGAGUUCGGACAACGUGUGGCUGCGCUGAUCUCGCUUCAAGAAGAGGAGUUGACAGACACAUUUGUUGAAACCCACGGCGACAAUGACUACGUUUUGACGAUAUCGGACGUGCGCCGCGAUUUGCGAGAUCGUCUGGCAGGUUACAAGCUGCCUACCCUUCUUCGAGUCGUCAAUAGUGAGCUUCCCAAGACGGCGACUGGCAAGGUACAGAAGAAGAUCCUAGGCCCGAAGUUCUUCCCAGUCGACUACCGGUCCAAUUCUGAGGUGCAACAGUGGGUGACAUCCCCUCGGCAGCUGGCAAAGCUCUAA